CUGAUAUAAUAUAUAUAUUUUAAAACUACCGCUAGGGUUUUCUUUCGUGCUACAAUUAACUCAAAACUAAAACCAUAGUUUCAUCGCUGUGCUCGGCCUCGGCAGGUAAUUAAGGCGCAGACAUGGAUACGCAUAAGGAACUAAUGAGAAAGAUGAAUAAGAGAGGGAACGCGUCUAGAACUCGUGAUUGGUCCAAGCUCUGUCCCGAUGUUUUACGAAAGAUCCUCGAAACCUUGAACCCUCUUGCAUCCAACCGAGCAAAAACCGUUUGCUCAGAUUGGUAUUCCGUUUGGAAAACAUGCCUUAGACCUCCUUGUAAUUCAUUACAUAUCAUACACCAAGGCGAUUCUUCGAGGUUGUUCGAUCCCGAAGAAGACAAGAUUUGCACUAGAAAACUUGUCGGACGCUCCAACAGAAGAUAUUGCAUGGCCAGCUUCGAAAACUGGCUCCUCAUGGUUGAUUCUCGUCUGGAAUUCCAUAUUUUUAACCUUUUGACGUGUAAAAGAAUUAAUCUUCCAUCAAUGAGUUCGCAUCUUGAUGGUUGGGGAAUUAUUUUCGAUAACGAUGAUGAUUUGGAAUGCUCCGACUUAUGUGGAUACUUGGUGGAACCUUGUGGUAAGAAGAUUUACGUGUCGAAAGACGUUCUUGAAUGGCAAAGUUCAGCUGUUCUUUGGAUAAACGAGAAAACGGGUGAUUAUUUCGUUGCAUGGACUUUCAGACAUGCUUACUUGUUCUCGUACAAGAAAGGAGAUGAAAUGUGGUUAAAUCUGAGCAACAGUAGAAAAGGCUCGCGUUUUCUGGACAUGGCUUAUAGAAACAGUAAGCUUUAUCUUUUAACAACUGAUCAUCGCAUCAAUGUUUUCUAUCUCUCCAGAGACUGUAACGACAAUAACGAGAACCCGAAUCUGAAUCAACGGUUUCAAUUCGAUGAGCAACAAUGGAAUAACAGCUUGAAGAAGAAGAUAGCGAUUCAAGAAUCAGGAGAGGUUCUGAUCAUCUUGAGCUUGAAAGGAAAGAUAAUGUUUUACGUCUUUAAGAUGAAUUUUGAGAGUAGCAACUGGGAAAGAGUAGAAUCUAUUGGAGAUCAUGAGAUGUUGAUUUUUGGUCAUGGGGUUACAGUAAAAGCACCUGUUGAAGAUGUUGGUUAUGGAGUCAAGAGUGGGUCAAUCUGUUUCGUUGAUGAUGACGUUUGGCCAGAUCAUGAUCAUCGUGGUUCGAACUGCGGUGUCUUCAAUAUCGCCACGAGCGAAAUCGAAUGGCAUAGGAAGCCAUGUUUUUAUAUAAAUGAAUCUCAAUGGUUUGUACCAUGGUUUGCUUAGUCUUUGUGUGUUUCUAGCUGUC